GACGUGUCGUGAGUCACCUUGCAAAGAUGAAGUGUACUAUAUUGCAAUUGUUCAAAGGAAUUUUGAGCUUAGUAUUGAUUGGUAGCAUAGGAAUGCUAUUCGCUGGAUUACACGCAGCACCCAUCAUCUGCUUCUUCCUACCGCUUGCAGCUUCUAAGCAGCGUGAUAUUGUCGUGCUGGGAGGAGAGUGAAGAGCUGCGAAUGGAAAAUGAAGGCCUACGAACGGAAAAUGUGGACCUACAAUUGGAAAAUGUGGACCUACGAAUGGAAAAUGUCGACCUGCGAAUUGAAAAUGUCGACCUACGAAUGGAAAAUGUGGACAUACAAAUGGAACACGAUGAACUUCGACAACACUUUCGGAAGGAAGGACGACUAAACUGUGAUUUGGUGGAGCAGAAGAACUUUGGAGGGCACGACCAACCUGCGCAGAUAGAAAAGGUUCUGGUCUCUGACAAAAUUCCUGUUGUGGGAAAUAUCUGUGAGGGAGGGAGCGUGAGUGAUCGACCACCAGGAAUGUCGAUCGGGAUCCCUCGUGCUAAUCCGCAGGAUUCGACGACGUCGAAUGAUGAAUUGAAAGGGCAGAAGCCCAGGUACUCUGAAAUUCAGAAGGCGAGACAAAUUAACAAUACUCUGUUGGCACUGACCGAAAAUAGUAGAGAUGAAAGCAACAGCAUCUUGAACGAUUCAAGGCCACUUUUGAAAGACACAGAACACGAGUCUCAGAGGCCACCACCACCACCAUCACCUCCUGAAGAAGAAGAAGAGCCGAAGGACGUCAAGGAAAAGGAACGAGUUUCCCGAGAGACUCAGCUGGAAAGAAUAAGAAUGCGAGAAAAGGACAGGAUUGAGAAGAUGAAGGGAAAGAGAGGCGGUUUGAAAGGGAGAAAGAUAAAAAGUGUGCCUUUCUUAAACGACAGUGAAAGGGCGGAGGAACUCAUUGUAAAAUAUCACGAAAUAACCGAAGAGUUGUCCAAGAUAACCAGACAGAGUGAAAUGUGGCCCAUACUCAGAGCAGCGCUCAAGAUUCGGCGAAAGUUGUACCGUAAAAAACUCGAUGCGCUGAUAUUCGACCACUACUCGCUUGUGAGUCUUCUCCCGGCCGCCAGUGAGGGAAUCUCAGAACCAGAAACUGAAGAAGAGGUCAACGAGGAGGAGAGACAGUUUCGCCUGGAGGAGAUUAGAGAGAAGGAGAGAAAGAGGAUUGAUAAGGCGAAGAAGAAGAGAGACGAUCUGAUGGCAAAAGGAAAAUUGAAACCUGCCCUGACUGAAAGAGAAAAGGCCGAUCUCUUCCACGGAAAAUACGACGAGAUAAGCAGGGAGCGGUCCAGGAUAGCCAAGUGGAAGGAUAUCUGGCCCGGGUGCCCCCCUCUGAUGAUUCGGCAAGCACUCUGCGAUAGGAAACUCGACAGACUCAUACUCGACUACUACUCGUACCUGAGGCCUCCUAGUAUGAGCGAGGAGAGAAGAUCAAGCGCGUCUGGACCUGGACAUUCAGGCACUGAAGAGGAGGGAGAAAUCGUCCCAGACUCGACCGAAGGCGCUGCAGCCACAGAAGAGGAGAGCGAGGAACAUCGACGACUGAGAGAAGAGGAAGAAAUGCAGAAAGAGGAACUCGACCGAAAAGUGCGCGAUUUCGCCCUAGAAAUGAUAAGAGAGAAAGAAAAGAGGAGAAUAGAGAAGAUGGGGAAGAAGAAAGCUCGUCUGGAAGCGAAGGGGAAACUGCGAAGGCCUCCCUUAGGGAACGAGCGCAAGGCGGAGAUCUGUCGUGAAAAGUACGACCAAAUAAACAGACAGCUUUCCAGGAUAGCCUGGUGGAAGUUUCACUGGCCCUGCACUAUGCCAGCGCUGUUGGUCUGGAAAAAGGUGUACGAUAAAAAGCUCGAUGAGCUGAUAAUAGAUCAUUAUUCUUACCUAGCGCCUUUUCUGACCGCGGAAAUCGGAUCAACAGCACAGGUGUCGGACCUGAGGAGCAACACACCAGAAUCAGCGGGGAAGGCUGAGGAAGACGUCGUAGCCAAGGAGGAAAAACAGCAUAACAGGGAGGAAAAAAGGCAUGACACGGAGGAAAAACAGCGUGACGCGGAGGGAAAAAAGCGUGACGAGGAGGAAAAACAGCAUGACAGGGAGCUACAGACACGCCUGGAAGAAAUAAGACAGGAGGAAAAGUGGCGGAUACAAAAGAUGAAGAGGAAGAGAGAUGAUUACAUAGGUAAGGGAAAAUUGAAAAGGCCUGAUCGAAGUGACACUGAAAUGGCAGAGCAGUUUCUAGAGAAGUACGGCGAACUGCGCAGUAGAAUUUCCAGCAUGGCCAUGUGGGAGGAGGCCUGGCCCUGUUGCAUUCUAUCGCUGACAUUUAGGCAACUCAAAUAUCACAGGAAACUCAACAAACUGAUUCUUGAAUAUUUCAUCUAUCUAAGGUCUCCUGCCACGGAUUCCAGAGAGCUAUACAGCUCUGGGACAGGAUCACAUGAGAUGCAAAUAGGGGAUGAGAAAGAGUUUCCAUCUACAGACAUCUGGGAAGGAGGAGGUCGAGCAACGUCUGAGUCGAGCAAAACUCCAAUGGAAGUAUCGAAGAGCAAAACAUCAAUGGAUGUGUCUCAGAAAGAACAGGUGUUGGACUCUACGAGCAAAACUCCAACGGAAGUAUCGCAGAAACAACAUAUGUCAGACUCUAUGAUCAAAACUCCAACGGAAGUGUUGCAGAAAGAACAGGUGUCUGACUCAACGAGCAAAACUCCAACGGAAGUAUCGCAGAAAGAACAGGUGUCGGACUUGAAGAGUAAGACUCCAACGGAAGUGUCUCAGAAAGAAACGGUGUCAGACUCUACGAGCAAGACUCCAACGGAAGUGUCGUUGAAAGAACAGGUGUCGGACUCUACGAGUAAGACUCCAUCGGGAGUGUCUCAGAAAGAACAUGUGUUGGACUCUACGAGCAAAACUCCAACGGAAGUAUCGCAGAAAGAACAGGUGUCGGACUUGAAGAGUAAGACUCCAACGGAAGUGUCUCAGAAAGAACAGGUGUUGGACUCUACGAGCAAAACUCCAACGGAAGUAUCGCAGAAACAACAUAUGUCAGACUCUAUGAUCAAAACUCCAACGGAAGUGUUGCAGAAAGAACAGGUGUCAGACUCUACGAGCAAGACUCCAACGGAAGUGUCGUUGAAAGAACAGGUGUCGGACUCUACGAGUAAGACUCCAACGGGAGUGUCGUUGAAAGAACAGGUGUCGGACUCUACGAGCAAGACUCCAACGGGAGUGUCGUUGAAAGAACAGGUGUCGGACUCUACGAGUAAGACUCCAACGGAAGUGUCGUUGAAAGAACAGGUGUCAGACUCGACGAGUAAGACUCCAACGGAAGUGUCGUUGAAAGAACAGGUGUCGGACUCUACGAGUAAGACUCCAACGGGAGUGUCUCAGAAAGAACAGGUGUCAGACUCUAUGAGUAAGACUCCAACGGGAGUGUCUCAGAAAGAACAAGUGUUGGACUCUACGAGUAAGACUCCAACGGAAGUGUCUCAGAAAGAACAGGUGUUGGACUCUACGAGCAAAACUCCAACGGAAGUGUCACAGAAACAACAUAUGUCAGACUCUAUGAUCAAAACUCCAACGGAAGUGUUGCAGAAAGAACAGGUGUCGGACUCGACGAGUAAGACUCCAACGGAAGUGUCUCAGAAAGAACAGGUGUCAGACUCUAUGAGUAAGACUCCAACGGGAGUGUCUCAGAAAGAACAAGUGUUGGACUCUACGAGUAAGACUCCAACGGAAGUGUCUCAGAAAGAACAGGUGUUGGACUCUACGAGCAAAACUCCAACGGAAGUGUCGCAGAAACAACAUAUGUCAGACUCGACGAGUAAGACUCCAACGGAAGUGUCGUUGAAAGAACAGGUGUCGGACUCGACGAGUAAAACUCCAACGGAAGUGUUGUUGAAAGAACAGGUGUCAGACUCGACAAGUAAGACUCCAACGGAAGUGUCUCAGAAAGAACAGGUGUUGGACUCUACGAGCAAGACUCCAACGGAAGUAUCGCAGAAAGAACAGGUGUUGGACUUGAAGAGUAAGACUCCAACGGAAGUGUCUCAGAAAGAACAAGUGUUGGACUCUACGAGCAAAACUCCAACUGAAGUAUCGCAGAAAGAACAGGUGUCUGACUCAACGAGCAAAACUCCAACGGAAGUAUCACAGAAAGAACAGGUGUCGGACUCAACGAGCAAAACUCCAACGGAAGUGUCUCAGAAAGAACAGGUGUCUGACUCAACGAGCAAAACUCCAACGGAAGUAUCACAGAAAGAACAGGUGUCGGACUUGAAGAGUAAGACUCCAACGGAAGUGUCUCAGAAAGAACAAGUGUUGGACUCUACGAGCAAGACUCCAACUGAAGUAUCGCAGAAAGAACAGGUGUCUGACUCAACGAGCAAAACUCCAACGGAAGUAUUACAGAAAGAACAGGUGGACUUGAAGAGUAAGACUCCAACGGAAGUGUCUCAGAAAGAACAGGUGUUGGACUCUACGAGCAAAACUCCAACGGAAGUAUCGCAGAAACAACAUAUGUCAGACUUUAUGAUCAAAACUCCAACGGAAGUGUUGCAGAAAGAACAGGUGUCAGACUCUACGAGCAAGACUCCAACGGAAGUGUCGUUGAAAGAACAGGUGUCGGACUCUACAAGCAAGACUCCAACGGAAGUGUCGUUGAAAGAACAGGUGUCGGACUCGACGAGUAAGACUCCAACGGAAGUGCCGUUGAAAGAACAGGUGUCGGACUUGAAGAGUAAGACUCCAACGGAAGUGUCUCAGAAAGAACAGGUGUUGGACUCUACGAGCAAGACUCCAACGGAAGUAUCGCAGAAACAACAGAUGUCAGUCACUAUGAGCAAAACUCCAACGGAAGUAUUACAGAAAGAACAGAUGUCGAACUCUACGAUCAAAACUCCACCGGAAGUGUUGCAUAAAGAACAGGAGUCGAGCGCUACGAGCAAAACUACAACAGAAGUGUUGCAGAAACAACAGAUGUCGGAAUCUACAAGUAAAACUCCAAUGGAAAUGUCUCAGAAACAACAGGUGUUGGAAUCUACGAGCGAAGCUCCAAUGGAAGUAUCGCAGAAACAACAGGUGUCGAACUCUUCGAACAAAACUCCACUAGAAGUAUUGCAGAAACAACAGGUGUCAGACUCUACGAGCGAAUCCAACAGAAGUGUUGCAGACACAACAGAUGUCGGACUCUACGAUCAAAACUCCAAUGGAAGUAUUGCAGAAACAACCGUUGUCAGACUCGACGAGCGAAACUCCAACGAAAAUGUCACAGAGACAACAGAGUUUGAAGCUGAAAGGCAAAACUAAUGGAAAUGAGAAGAAAACAACAGAUGUUGAUUUCAGUAAGCAAAACUCCAAUGGAAAUGAAGCAGGAACAAAGAUGUCAGACUCAACGAGCAAAACUCCGAAGCAAAUAUCGCAGGGACAAAUGAUGCCUGAUUCAACGAGCAAAUCACCAGAGGAAAUAUCGCAGAGUCAACAGAUGUCGAAGUCGGUGAGCAAAACUCGACUAGAAAUGCCGCAGGGAGAGCAGAUGUUAGACUCGACGAGCAAAACUCCAACAGUAAUGUUGCAGGAACAACUGGAGUCAAACUCUACAAGUAAAAUUGCAAUUGAAAUAUUUUUCAUUUAUAUACUCGUAAGCCUUGGUCUAAUAGCUAUUGAAGUGUUUUCUUCCACAACUUAUUUCGAACAUGAUUGUGUAUUUUUAGCGUAAUAAUAGCUGUAUUACUCAGUAUCAUCACAUUCUCGUCAUAUAACACACACACACACAUAUAUAUAUAUAUAUAUAU